CACUACCUGCCUCCAGCUCCUUCCUCUCGACUCCCACAGCUCCUUCCUUUGGCGAACUUGAAUCCGCAGCCUCCUCCUCCACCAUGCUCUAGUAUCGAGUUCAAACAGCUCACCCACGAGCUCCUCCUCUCUUCGUUGAAGCCCAGGCCAGCACCAUCCACUCCGAUGAUGCCUCCUCAUGAUUUUUGAACUUUUCCUCAGCUCAUGCAUGAGCUUCAGCUUGUCCACGCCUCUCAAGCUAAGCAUUGUUACUGUCCCUCUUCCUUUCUCUUGCUCUUUGUUCGUUGCGGUUCUCUUCCUCCCUCUUGUGACAGGCCAUAGAAGCUUCGACAAGCCGCAGAUCGUCACAGGCCUUACCGAGCGUAACAUUGGCUCAACUCCCAGCUUUCGGCUCCUGUCCUCCUCCUAUGCAGCCCAUGGCAGUACCUCACAACUCCAGGCAGCGCCUCAACGGUUUAGACUCGACCAAAAUAAAGCUCCCGUCUCAUUGUGGUGAGCUACGAUGAGAAGAGCUACCUCUACAUUGUGGCCACCCUCUCCAUGGUGGCCAUCAGGUGGGACGUUGCAUAUCAGUUUCGGCAGCUGUUGGUGGCCAUCGAGUGGGACGCUGAGUAUCAGUUUCGGCAGCUGCAAGCAGAUAUUGACAGCCGCGCAAAGGCCGUUGGUGCCAAUCCGUUGGUGGAGGAGUUCCGAAUGGAGCACUUGAAGGAGGCAUUGAAGGCAAUCAAGGCAGAUAACAGGGAGUACUCACUCGUUGACGAAGAGUUCAUGGUACAGAUGGCAAUCCUCAAUCCCGACAGGACUGGAGAGGACGCCAAUGUUGUGGAGAAUGCGCUCUCCCGGGCUUACCCGUACCCGAGCCACAGGGAUGCUGUGGAGGCGGAAAAGUCCAAGCUGCAAAUUGGGCACUCAAGGUCAGAGGAUGCAGGGUGCCACUGCCUUAUUGAGCACCUGAUUGGAGUCACCGAUAGUGUAGCCAAUGAUCGGCCGAGUAGGAAGGUCAAUAAGCUCUUGGUGAAUGAGACGGCAUACGUUAUAUCAGGGUAAGAGUUUAAGGGGUUAAGUUUCCGAUUAAGAAUCGAAAACUGGGGCAUGAAACAUUUGAAUUUCAGGUUUGGAUUCUUUCUUUUUCUGUAAGAUACCUAAGCAAUGCGAGCGAAAUGAAUGAGGGCAUAAGUUGGA